UGGAGCUGUCAAGCAUACAAUAAAAAAUUAUAAAUAUAUAACUAUGAAGUUGGCAAUAAUUGUUUGAUUCCGCGAGGAAGACGACUAUAAAUCGGCGUCGAGUGGUGGGUGCAGCCAGCAGUUGUAGUUUGACAACAGGUUGAGUGGUCCAGUGGUUCAGUGGUGCAGCUAACAUAGCCUGAUGCGCAGCUAUUCACAAAUGUUUGGGCCGCCGCUGCUGCCGCUGCUGCUGCUGCUCUCGCUCAUGGGGCAGCUGCAUGCGGCACCUGUUGGCGAGCAUGUGGAUCAUGCCGGCUGCAUACGCGUGACGAUCAUUAAGCGGCCAUUGACCACGACAACAACAACUACGACAACAACAACAACGCCGGCUACAACAGCGCCCACAGUGGCACCUGGCUAAGGCGUACAAUUGAUUCUGUUUUACCUUUUUGUUUUGUGUUUUCGUACAACUUUGAAAUAAAGUGCGCGCCGCAGUGCUGACAAAAACCGUUGCAUACUUU